AUGGCUCUAUAAGAGGCAGCAUCUCUGGGAAUACCGCGGAAGGGACGGAGCGGGUGUAAAUUGAAGGCGCCCGGAGUCCGGUUCACACUUGUGGGCGCCCGGCAUGGAGAUGCAGAGAUGGUCCACGAGGUGGAAAACGAAAAGGUGGCUCCGGGACUCCGCUGUAACCACACUCAUCACUUUUACUUUCCUUCUCCAGGCUGCAGAGGUCAGAGGAGCUGAACCAGUUGAUGUGCUAAAAGCAUUAGAAUUUCACAAGUCACCAGAAGGAAUAUCAAGAACAACAGGAUUUUGCACAAACAGAAGAGAUUCAAAAGGAUCAGAUGUUGCCUACAGAGUUUCAAAACAUGCGCAAAUCAGUGCCCCAACAAAGCAACUGUACCCAGGUGGAAACUUUCCUCAAGACUUUUCAAUAUUAAUUACAGUGAAACCUAAAAAGGGGAUCCAGUCUUUCCUUUUAUCUGUCUAUAAUGAACAGGGUAUUCAGCAAAUAGGUGUGGAAGUUGGUAAAUCCCCUGUCUUCCUGUUUGAAGAUCAGUAUGGAAAACCUGUCCCAGAAGAUUAUCCUCUUUUUAGGACAGUCAACAUUGCUGAUGGAAAGUGGCAUCGGGUCGCUAUCAGUGUGAAGAAGAAAAGUGUUACCAUGAUUGUUGACUGUAAAGAGAAAACAACAAAAGCACUCAACAGGAAUGACAGAGCAAUUGUUGACGUCAACGGCGUUACCGUCUUUGGAACCAGGAUUCUAGAUGAAGAAGUUUUUGAGGGUGAUAUCCAGCAGCUAUUGAUUGUAGCUGAUCCCAGAGCAGCGUAUGACUAUUGUGAACAUUAUAGCCCAAUCUGUGAUUCCCCUGUCCCCAAUGCGCCUCAAGCUCAAGAACCUCAAGUUGAAGAGUACGCAACUGAAGAUUUAAUCGAAUAUGACUAUGAGUAUGGGGAAGCAGAUUAUAAAGAGUCUGACAUGGUAACAGAGGGACCCCCACAAUUCGAGGAGACAAUAACACAAACAGAGGCCAAUAUUGUUGAUGAAUUUCAAGAAGAGUAUAGCGUGACUGAAACUGACUAUGGGAUUUCAGAGGGUUCCCAGACUGAGGCUCCCAGGCACACAACUGAAGCUAAUGAGCAUAAUCCUGUUGAAGAAGUAUUUGCUGAAGAAUACCUAACUGGAGAGGAUUAUGAUUCAGAACAUAAAAAAAAUGAGGAUACUGAAUAUGGAAGCAGAGGAGUAGACUUCAGUGAAUCUGAUCUUCUGGUAGAUGGAGAAUUAGGCGAAUAUGAUUUUUAUGAAUAUAAAGAAUAUGAAGAAAAACCAACCAAUCCCACAAAUGAAGAGUUUGGUCCUGGUGUUCCAGCAGAGACUGAUAUCACAGAAACAAGUGUGAAUGGGCAUGGUGCUUAUGGAGAAAAAGGACAGAAGGGAGAACCAGCUGUGGUCGAACCUGGGAUGCUUGUUGAAGGACCAGCAGGACCAGCAGGACCUCCAGGUCUUACAGGUCCCCCAGGUUUACAGGGUCCCACUGGUCCUCCGGGUGACCCUGGUGAGAGGGGUCCAUCAGGGCGUCCUGGCCUGCCAGGUGCUGAUGGUUUACCUGGUCCCCCAGGUACCAUGUUGAUGUUGCCAUUCCGCUUUGGUGGAGAUGGUGAGAAGGGCCCAACAAUCUCAGCUCAAGAAGCUCAAGCCCAAGCUAUUCUUCAGCAGGCGAGGAUCGCUAUGAGAGGACCACCUGGCCCCAUGGGACUCACAGGAAGACCAGGUCCUGUGGGCGGGCCUGGCUCACCAGGGAUUAAAGGAGAAAGUGGCGACCCAGGUCCCCAGGGUCCUCGAGGUAUUCAAGGUUCCAUUGGGCCAAGUGGGAAACCUGGCAAAAGAGGUCGUCCAGGAGCUGAUGGUGCUAGAGGAAUGCCAGGAGAACCUGGUUCAAAGGGCGAUAGAGGGUUUGAUGGUCUUCCUGGUCUACCUGGUGAUAAAGGUCACAGGGGAGAUCGUGGCCCACAAGGACCUCCUGGUGCACCCGGUGAAGACGGAACAAGAGGAGAAGAUGGAGAAGUUGGACCCAGAGGUCUCCCAGGUGAAGCUGGUCCAAGAGGACUAUUGGGCCCCAGGGGCACACCUGGUCCCCCAGGACAACCUGGUGUUGCAGGUGUUGAUGGCCCUCCAGGUCCAAAAGGAAACUUGGGUCCUCAAGGGGAACCAGGACCUCCUGGUCAACAAGGAAUCCCAGGUCCACAAGGGCUUCCUGGUCCACAAGGUCCUAUUGGAGCUCCUGGUGAAAAAGGACCACAGGGCAAGCCUGGCCUUCCGGGACUUGCUGGGUCUGAUGGGCCUUCUGGUCAUCCUGGUAAAGAGGGUCAGUCUGGAGAGAAAGGUGCUUUGGGGCCUCCAGGUCCUCAGGGUCCAAUUGGCUAUCCUGGUCCUCGUGGUGUGAAGGGAGCUGAUGGUGUCCGUGGUCUCAAGGGCUCCAAAGGUGAAAAGGGUGAAGAUGGUUUCCCAGGAUUUAAAGGUGACAUGGGUCUUAAAGGUGACAGAGGUGAAGUUGGUCCACUGGGUCCACGAGGAGAAGAUGGCCCUGAAGGUCCAAAAGGUCGAGCAGGUCCAACAGGGGACCCAGGAGGUGCCGGGCAAGCUGGUGAAAAGGGUAAACUUGGGGUUCCAGGACUACCAGGAUAUCCAGGAAGACAAGGUCCAAAGGGCUCCACUGGUUUCCCAGGAUUCCCAGGUGCCAAUGGAGAGAAAGGUGCAAGGGGUUUACAUGGAAAGCCAGGUCCCAGGGGACAGCGAGGACCAACAGGUCCACGGGGAUCAAGAGGCCCACGAGGUCCCACGGGAAAACCAGGCCCUAAGGGCACUGCAGGCAGUGAUGGCCCUCCUGGCCCACCAGGUGAAAGGGGACCACAAGGGCCUCAAGGACCGGUUGGAUUCCCUGGACCAAAAGGACCUCCUGGGCCCCCUGGGAAAGAUGGCUUGCCGGGGCACCCAGGACAGCGGGGUGAGACUGGUUUUCAAGGCAAAACUGGACCCCCAGGCCCUGGUGGUGUUGUUGGACCCCAGGGUCCUACUGGUGAGACUGGCCCAAUUGGUGAAAGAGGUCAUCCUGGUCCUCCAGGCCCACCAGGUGAACAAGGCCUCCCAGGUGCUGCAGGAAAAGAAGGUGCUAAGGGUGACCCAGGCCCUCAAGGUAUCUCUGGAAAAGAUGGACCACCAGGUCUUCGUGGUUUCCCAGGAGAAAGAGGCCUUCCAGGUGCUCAGGGUCCAGCUGGUCUGAAAGGAGGAGAAGGCCCACAAGGCCCACCUGGCCCAGCUGGUUCUCCAGGUGAACGUGGAUCAGCAGGAACUGCUGGCCCUAUUGGUCUACCAGGCCGUCCAGGUCCUCAAGGUCCUCCAGGCCCAGCAGGAGAGAAGGGUGCUCCUGGUGAAAAAGGUCCUCAAGGUCCAGCUGGACGAGAUGGAGUACAGGGUCCUGUAGGUCUUCCAGGUCCUGCUGGUCCUGGUGGUUCUCCUGGAGAAGAUGGUGACAAGGGUGAAAUUGGUGAACCAGGUCAGAAAGGCAGUAAGGGUGACAAGGGAGAAAAUGGUCCUCCAGGUCCACCAGGUCUUCAAGGUCCUGUUGGUGCCCCUGGCAUAGCUGGAGGUGAUGGAGAGCCAGGCCCAAGAGGUCAGCAAGGAAUGUUUGGGCAGAAAGGCGAUGAAGGUCCACGAGGAUUCCCUGGUCCUCCAGGUCCCAUUGGUCUUCAGGGUCUGCCUGGCCCUCCAGGUGAAAAGGGUGAGAACGGUGAUGUUGGUCCAAUGGGUCCACCUGGUCCUCCAGGUCCAAGAGGUCCCCAGGGUCCUAAUGGAGCUGAUGGUCCUCAAGGUCCUCCAGGCUCUAUUGGCUCUGUUGGAGGUGUUGGUGACAAGGGUGAGCCUGGGGAAGCUGGAAACCCUGGACCUCCUGGAGAAUCUGGCCCAGGCGGACCAAAAGGUGAAAGGGGAGAAAAAGGUGAGGCUGGUCCACCUGGAGCUGCUGGACCUCCAGGUGCCAAAGGACCUCCAGGUGAUGAUGGGCCUAAGGGUAAUCCAGGCCCUGUUGGUUUCCCCGGAGAUCCUGGUCCCCCUGGUGAACCUGGCCCUGCUGGUCAAGAUGGUACUGGUGGGGAGAAAGGAGAAGAUGGUGAUUCUGGUCAACCUGGUCCACCAGGUCCUUCAGGGGAAGCUGGCCCACCUGGUCCUCCUGGGAAGAGAGGCCCUCCUGGAGCAGCUGGUGCUGAGGGCAGACAAGGUGAAAAAGGUGCAAAGGGUGAACCUGGGUCAGAAGGUGCACCUGGAAAAACAGGACCAGUUGGUCCUCAGGGACCUUCAGGAAAACCUGGUCCAGAGGGUCUCCGUGGUAUUCCUGGCCCUGUGGGAGAACAAGGUCUACCUGGAGCAUCAGGUCAGGAUGGACCACCUGGUCCUAUGGGUCCACCUGGCUUGCCUGGACUGAAGGGGGAUCCAGGUUCCAAGGGUGAGAAGGGACAUCCCGGUCUGAUUGGUCUGAUUGGACCUCCAGGAGAACAGGGUGAAAAGGGUGACAGGGGUCUUCCAGGUCCACAAGGAGCUCUUGGAGCCAAGGGCGAUACAGGCAUUCCCGGUCCUGCUGGUCCACUCGGCCCCCCUGGCCCUCCUGGUUUACCUGGUCCUCAAGGUCCAAAGGGUUCCAAAGGAUCCACUGGUCCUGGUGGUCAAAAGGGUGAUGGUGGUUUACCUGGCCCCCCAGGUCCUCCCGGUCCUCCUGGGGAAGUUAUCCAGCCUUUGCCAAUCCAGUCACCCAAAAAGACAAGAAGAUCUCCGGAUUACAUGCUGGCUGAUGCAGCUGAUAACAUCCUGGAUUAUUCUGAUGGCAUGGAGGAAAUAUUUGGUUCACUCAAUUCUCUGAAGCAAGAUAUUGAACAUAUGAAAUAUCCAAUGGGCACUCAGAACAACCCAGCCCGAACUUGCAAAGAUCUACAACUCUGCCACCCAGACUUCCCAGACGGUGAAUAUUGGAUUGAUCCUAAUCAGGGCUGCUCUGGAGACUCCUUCAAAGUGUACUGUAAUUUCACAGCGGGUGGCGAAACUUGCAUCUACCCAGAUAAGAAAUCUGAAGGAGUAAGAAUUUCGUCAUGGCCAAAGGAGAAUCCAGGAGCCUGGUUUAGUGAAUUUAAGAGAGGCAAACUGCUUUCCUAUGUGGAUGUUGAAGGCAAUUCCAUUAAUAUGGUUCAAAUGACAUUCCUUAAACUACUGAGUGCCUCUGCCAGACAAAAUUUCACUUACAACUGUCAUCAGUCAGUAGCUUGGCAUGAUGGGUCAUCUGACAGCUAUGACAAAGCACUGAGGUUCUUAGGAUCAAAUGAUGAAGAGAUGUCUUAUGACAACAAUCCUUACAUCAAAGCUCUUCAUGAUGGCUGCUCAUCAAGAAAAGGCUAUGCAAAGACUGUGAUCGAAAUCAGUACACCUAAAAUAGACCAAGUGCCUAUUGUUGAUGUGAUGAUUAAUGACUUUGGUGAUCAGAACCAGAAGUUUGGAUUCGAAGUUGGUCCUGUCUGUUUCCUCGGUUAAGUACAGGGCAAAGAGCAGAUCAGCAAACAAGUUGUGCCUAGGUGCCACCGACUCACUUCAUGCCACAUGCAAGUUUUGAUUAAGGAUGGCAUAGAAAAAAUGUCUUGCUGGGUACAUAUGUCUUAUCUAGGAAAUAUCCGUUGCCCUUGUAGGGCCAGAAUCACAUGACUUAAACUUAUUUGGCAAAUCAUGAGGGACAUAAGAGGCUGUGGCAGAGACACACAACAUAGGGCUAGCUUUAUGAAUACUCCCUUUGGAUUCCUUGGUGCUUUAACACAUGAAUGUCAUGGUGCUCCUUCUGUUUCAACAAAGAGGUGCUAAGGAGGUGUGUUUAAUAAAUUGUAAUUAUUCUAUGUACAGUACUAUACUGUUAUUUGUGUGCCCAUUUCCAAAACUUGCAUGUGUCUCUGAAUUGCAUCUGGCUCUUAUUUUAUAAUUGCAAAACAUUUUUGUCAAUACUGUGUAUGUAUUAUGAAAAAUAAAUUUGUAAUUUCCAGUGAAUCCAGUUUAAUUUUUCCGAUUAAUAAUAAAGUUCCUUUGUAUAUAUUGAUGUUGAAAAGCUCUGUUAUUUGAAGUCGCCAACAAAGCUUCAGGUGGCGAAACUGGAAAAUCUUUGGCAAGAAACUCAAAAGGACACUUUGCUGAUAUUACUUUGUGAUAAUGAAUUUUAAGAACAAACACACCCACUGAGGUGCUGUAUUCCAUGGUGCUAUUACCUCAGACAUUUUAUUUUCCUUUUCGGAUUCCAGGAUUUCUUAAGAUACCUGUAUAUACCUAAAAUAAGCAAGUUUAUAUUUGUGGGUGGGGAAAAUGUGUAUGAAAAAAGGGAGGGAAAGUAUGUGCAGAGAUCUGUUUAAGUCUAUGUGAAGUAACUGGUAGUUAUAGUUACCUUUUUUAUCUCAUCUGAAUUUGUUUUCAUUGUGCUUCUUUAAACCAUAUAAAUAUUAAAACUUGAUUCAAAACAACUAUUUAUGGAUUUGUGCAGUGUUUACAUAGCUUUUAUGUGAGCAGUGAUGACUAUUUGCUUCUGAACUGGAUACUAAGUUCCACACGAUAGCCCAUAUAUUAUUUGCCCAUCCCAUCAAUAUGAAUUCUCUGUUAUUUCAACUUAAGGCCAGGAACGCAAUAUGUCUAGGUCAUGUGAUUCUACCUAGUUGCAAAGCAACAUAUGAGGGGACUGCUACCUACAGAGCUUGUUUUCUGACCCAAACUGUUACAAUUUGCAAUCCAAAUCUCACAAAAAGGUUGGUUUGGCCUUCCAUCUAAACAUUUUUUUUCAGGUAGUUGGA